AGCACAACUUGGGCACGAGUACUCAGAGCUCUCAUUAGAGGCAAUAGUCGUUGUGUUGAAUAGGAGUGCCGAAGUAUUGAAUAGGAUUCCAGUUGUGCUACCUCCCUCCCAAGGAACAUCUCCUCAAGCAGUGGGUAUUGAGGAAGCCAAAACUCUUGUCACUAAACUUCUAGAUAUGGAAAGUAAAUCUGUUAAGGUGGUGGUUAUUUAUGCACAAGGUGGGAUAGGGAAGACAACUUUAGCUACCGCAGUUUCAGUAAUCUAGACUUAAAAAAUUACAAAUAUUCUAGACUUGAUAUGGAACAGAAUUGUUCAGAUGCUGAUCUUAAGUUGCUGCAACAACAAAUUUUAGAAGACCUUUAUGACCGUAAAAUUCAGUUGAGGAGUUUGAAUGAAGGUCGGGAACAAUUGUCCAAGGAUUUUAAAGAGCACUCCUUUAAACCCGUCUUCAUUUUUGUUGACAACGCACUCAAGCAAAGUGACCUAGAAAAGCUUUUGCCUAUAAAUGACCUAGCAUCCCUUCCGGCACAAAGCAGGAUUCUUAUAACCACCAGAAAUCUAAAUGAGACUCGUAUAAUUUUACAGGAAGGAAUUGAGCGAUGUCAUUAUCUAGUAGCUUCUCUUCCACAAGAAGAGGCAUGGAAACUCUUGUGUGAGUUGGCUUUAGGCAGUGCCCAAGCAAGUUUUGACCCAAUUGUAGAUAUUAAUGGCCUCCUCCAAAUAUGCCAGGGAAUUCCACUAGUACUAAAAAUGGCAGGAGCAAGAUUACGUGAGCAUGCUCAAAGCAUGCCAACUUGUAGAGAUGUAGUUGAAAGUCUUAAGUCAGAGCUACUACAAGGAGAGCAGGAUGACUUAAGUGAGCAUAUGGUGGAUUUUGUAUAUAACCGCUUGAAAGCCUCCUGUAAAGAGGCAUUUCUUGAUAUUGUGUUCUUCUUUUGUAAUUGGAAGCGGCAGAGAGUGGCAUGUAGUGUUGGAGUGACAGAGUUUGAAGAGCUUGAAAGGGCUGCACUUGUAAAUAUAGUGAAAGACAGGGUGCAUGUUCAUGAUAUAGUGAAAGCACGAGGGAGAAUGUUGUCACCAGAUGGGGAGAGAAUUAUUGAUCUACAAUCUCUCACGGAAGUUCUCAAAGAUGUAGAGAGGAUAAAGAAUACAAAGGGGUUUGCUCUUCAGUUGGAAUCAUUUGAGCUAGAAGCAAAACAUCUCAACUUGAUGAAGAAAUGUUUAAGGGUUUUGAUCUUGACAAAAUCUACAAGAAUAGUAAAUGGAGAAUGUAAAGGAUCCUUCGAAAAUCUACGGCUGCUCAGCCUCAACAACUAUAAUAAUUACUCACGGAUGGAUAGCAAUAAACAUCUGAGGUUAUCAGUAUUCAUUUUGAAAUACGACAAAGACUCCAACUUUCCUGAGGCAAAAUCUAUAAUCUCUGUCUAAUUUUUAAUUUUAUGUUUUGAGCAAAAUUCUUUAAAUUUUAUACUUUUUUUUGGCACAUUGCUAAUUCGAAACAAUGAAAUUGUUUUGCAGUUCAUCGAUACCAUCCCAUCUUCAUUGAGAUAUAUGUAUAUAAAAGAUGCUACGCUGGUUAAUCUUACCACCACCCUUUCCCAAAUUCAAUAUUUGCAAUCUCUCACAUUGCGGGGCUGUAGAGGGUUUAGUAGCUUGCCUGAAACCAUUGACAACCUACUUGUUUUGGAAAAGUUGAGUUCAAAGUUUUGUGAUAGUUUGGUGAGCCUUCCAUAUAAUUUUGGAAAAAUAUCUAGUUUGAAAAAGGUGAGUUUAAGAUCUUGUUCCAGCUUGGUGACCCUUCCAGACAGUAUGGGCAAUUUAUCUUCUUUGAAUAACUUGGAUUUAAGGUCUUGUUCCAGCUUGGUGAACCUUCCAGACAAUAUGGGAAAUUUAUCUUAUUUGAGUAACUUGUAUUUAAGGUCUUGUUCCAGCUUGAUGAGCCUUCCAGACAGCGUGGGCAAUUUAUCGUCUUUGAAUAACUUACAUUUAAGUUCUUGUUCUAGCUUGGUGAGCCUUCCAGACAGUGUGGGCAAUUUAUGUUCUUUGAAUGACUUGGAUUUAACCUCUUGUUCCAGCUUGGUGAGCCUUCCAGACAGUGUGGGCAAUUUAUGUUAUUUGAAUAACUUGUAUUUAAGCUCUUGUUCAAGCUUGGUGAGCCUUCCAAAUAGUGUGGGCAAUUUAUCUUCUUUGAAUAACUUGUAUUUAAGAUUUUGUUCUAGCUUGGUGAGCCUCCCAAAUAGUGUGGGCAAUUUAUCUUCAUUGAAUAACUUGUAUUUAAGCUCUUGUUCCAGCUUGGUGAGCCUUCCAGACAGUGUGGGCAAUUUAUCUUCUUUGAAUAAUUUGUAUUUAAGGUCAUGUUCCAGUUUGGUGAGCCUUCCAGACAGUGUUGGCAAUUUAGUUUCUUUGAAUAACUUGUAUUUAAGGUCUUGUUCCAACUUGGUGAGCCUUCCAGACAGUGUGGGAAAUUUAUCUUCUUUGGAUAACUUGGAUUUAAGGUCUUGUUCCAGCUUGGUGAGCCUUCCAGACAAUGUGGGCGAUUUAUCUUGUUUGAGUAACUUGGACUUAAGGUCUUGUUCCAACUUGGUGAGCCUUCCAGACAGUGUGGGCAAUUUAUCUUAUUUGAGUAACUUGUAUUUAAGGUCUUGUUCCAGCUUGGUGACCCUUCCAGACAGUGUGGGCAAUUUAUCUUUUUUGAAUAACUUGGAUUUAAGCUCUUGUUCCAGCUUGGUGAGCCUUCCAAACAGCGUAGGCAAUUUAUCUUCUUUGAAUAGAUUGGACUUAAGGUCUUGUUCUAGCUUGGUGGGGCUUCCAGACAGUAUGGGCAAUUUAUCUUCUUUGAAUAACUUGAAUUUAAGAUCUUGUUCCAGCUUGGUGAGUCUUCCAGACAGUGUGGGCAAUUUAUCUUCUUUGAAUAACUUGGACUUAAGGUCUUGUUACAACUUGGUGAGCCUUCCAGACACUGUGGGCAAUUUAUAUAGAUUGGUAAAACUAUAUUUAAUCAGAUGCACACAGCUAUCUUUGCUGCCAGAAAGUUUCAGAAACCUCGCAUCUCUGGAGCGCUUGGUGUUGCAAGAUUGUGAGAAACUCUCGAAUCUGCCUCAAAAUUUUGGUCAGCUGAAGUGUCUAAAAUAUGUGAGCGUUCAUGGAUGCAGUGUAUUACAGAGCUUCUCUAGUGAUUUUGAAUGUUUGAGUUCACUAAUUGCUGUCAAGGCUUCGGAAUGUUCUCAACUGCAGGAAAAUACAAUGGACAAGUUAGCCAAGAUGAAUGGAUUGAUGAUUGUGGAUAUAGAUGGAAGCCCUAUCUUGAAAAAGCGGUGGGAACAAGUGAAGGAGCAAUACUCUUUAGCAGUAGUGGAGUGCGGAAGAAAGGAAUUCGAGACUGAAAUGUACCCACACGCGGAUGUAAUGUAUAGAGAAUUUUUUCACAGUGAGUCAAAACUCAUGCAUGUUGAUGAGAAUGGGCAUCUCGUGGAGUCGUCCCGUAUGACAGGUGGGGAAAAGCUGUGGUUCUUGUUAAAGGAGAGAGAUGUGAGAUCAGCACCAUCAAAUAGCAGAUGUUGGGAAACAGUGAAGAAGAAAUGGAUGGAGUUGGUGGCUUUGGAGGGGGCUCAAAUGAUUUAUGUGGAUAUGGGAGGGUCAUGGGAGGAAAGAGAAAGACGUGUUCAGCAAGCUCUCCCCCAUUUACCCAGCAAAACUCAUGCGUGGAUUGCUCCUGACAAUAGGGCAAGGCUAUCUUUUGCCUAUUCUGUGCAUCAUUAUUACAACAAACAUGUCCAAGAGGGGGACGAGGAGGCCGACUUAGGGAUAGUGAAUUGCAUUGUGAGCACAUCAGCGUGUGUGGAUCACCUCAAAUUCAAAUUUCCCGACCUUAAUACACUACCUUCUCUAGAAACUGAGUACGAAGACUUUUCUGCCCAAUUACUCACCCCUAUUUUUGACGCCACCAUUAAUGGUGUAGCAAAAUCCAAUACAACACAUCUCAUUUUGAAGCUAUUGAAAAUAGACUAG